AGAGAUGGCUGCUCAGUGUGUGACGAAGGUGGAACUGAAUAUCUCCUGUGACAAUCUUUUGGAUAAAGAUAUAGGAUCCAAGUCAGAUCCUUUAUGCGUGUUAUUUUUGAAUACCAGUGGUCAACAAUGGUAUGAGGUUGACCGCACAGAGAGAAUUAAGAAUUGUUUGAAUCCCAAGUUUUCCAAGACAUUUAUCAUUGAUUACUACUUCGAAGUGGUUCAGAAAUUGAAAUUUGGGAUUUAUGACAUUGAUAACAAAACUAUUGAACUGAGUGAUGAUGACUUCUUAGGAGAAUGUGAAUGUACUCUUGGACAAAUUGUUUCCAGCAAGAAGGUAACUCGACCGUUGAUGCUUAAAAAUGGCAGACCUGCAGGGAAAGGAAGCAUCAUGAUUUCAGCUGAAGAAAUAAAGGAUAACAGAGUGGUCUUGUUUGAAAUGGAAGCCAGAAAGUUGGAUAAUAAGGAUCUAUUUGGGAAAUCAGACCCAUACCUUGAAUUCCACAAGCAGACAUCUGAUGGAAACUGGCUAAUGGUUCAUCGAACAGAGGUGAUUAAAAACAAUUUGAAUCCUGUAUGGAGACCUUUUAAAAUAUCUCUGAACUCUCUGUGCUAUGGAGAUAUGGACAAAACUAUUAAGGGCUUUUUAAAGCUCUGUAAUCUAUUGGUAGAGUGUUAUGAUUAUGACAAUGAUGGGUCACACGAUCUCAUUGGAACAUUUCAAACCACCAUGACAAAACUCAAAGAAGCUUCCAGAAACUCACCUCUUGAAUUUGAGUGCAUAAAUGAAAAGAAGAGGCAAAAGAAGAAAAGCUAUAAGAAUUCAGGUGUUGUCAGUGUGAAGAAGUGUGAGAUUACCGUGGAAUGCACAUUCCUUGAUUAUAUCAUGGGAGGAUGUCAGCUGAAUUUUACUGUGGGAGUGGACUUUACUGGUUCGAAUGGUGAUCCAAGGUCUCCUGACUCCCUGCAUUACAUUAGUCCCAACGGAGUUAAUGAAUAUUUGACUGCUAUCUGGUCUGUGGGUCUUGUUGUUCAAGAUUAUGACACUGAUAAAAUGUUUCCAGCUUUUGGUUUUGGGGCUCAGGUACCGCCACAGUUUCAGGUUUCACAUGAAUUUCCUAUGAACUUUAAUCCUACCAAUCCUUUCUGUAAUGGAAUACAAGGUAUCAUAGAAGCGUAUCGAGCCUGCCUUCCUCAGAUAAAACUCUAUGGACCAACGAAUUUUUCUCCAAUCAUAAAUCAUGUAGCCAGGUUUGCUUCUGCAGCCACACAACAACAGACAGCUUCUCAAUAUUUUGUGCUCUUAAUCAUUACCGAUGGUGUGAUCACAGACCUCGAUGAGACCAGACAAGCUAUCGUUAAUGCUUCCAAGCUUCCCAUGUCUAUUAUCAUUGUGGGAGUGGGAGGUGCUGACUUUAGCGCCAUGGAGUUUCUGGACGGUGAUGGUGGGAGUCUUCGUGCCCCAUCAGGAGAGGUGGCCAUCAGAGAUAUUGUCCAGUUUGUGCCUUUCAGACAGUUUCAGAAUUCUCCAAAAGAAGCUCUUGCUCAGUGUGUCUUGGCAGAAAUCCCCCAGCAGGUGGUGGGCUACUUCAAUGCAUACAAACUUCUUCCUCCCAAGAAUCCUGCUACGAAAUAAAAGGAGUGAUGGCUGCCUUCAGCAGAAUUCUUUUGUGCUGUGGAUUCAUCUCUUUCUACAAAUCAUGAAGUCUGUGAUGUUAUUUACUUUCACCUCUAGCCUCUGUGAUAUAAAUCCGGUUAUACAAGUAGAUUCUAUACAUUAUAUAUUAUUUUUAUACUUUUUUUGGGGGGAGGAAAGUGCUGUUACUCUUUGCUCAAUCAGAUUCAAUCAGUGAUUGCAAAUGAUUUGCAGAAAUAGCAGUGAAGCUAUUAGCUUUGAAAGACGGUGUGAAAAAAAAAGCCAAUUUUGUACUGAUAGUUUAUUUUCAUAUAAUAAAAAAAAUUGCUGUUUUUGAAAGCAUUUGUCUACAGAAAGAAUGAAAAGCUGUUGGAAUGGUGUGAUUUACAGGCAAUUAUGCUGGGUUUGCUCAAGGCAACACAAUGUAUAAGCCAUAGUUUAUACCUGAUUAUUAGAGCUCGUUAGAUGAUACCGAAUUUGUUCCAUGGAAUAAAACUGCCUUUCUCUUGCAUCUGAAUUUUGCUGCUCAUUUUACAUGUAUUUGCCAAUGAACUCUUGGAAAAGUACUAAAUGAGAAGGGAAACAUAUACAAUUCUUAAAAUGUACAAUCAGUAAGUUUAAGGAACUUUAUGUAAAUUGGAAGCCAUGUCCUUUGUCUUUCUAGAUCUUUUAUUUUCAUUGUUGGGCACAAUAAUUAUGGUCAAAUCUAACCUUUUCUUUAUGUGAUUCUGCAUUCUGUGUCUGCAUGGAUCAUAAAUUGUCCUAGAUUAAAAAUGUGUCGAUAUUAACUGGAGCUCGUUAAAUAGUUGGAACUUUUUGUCCAGGAAACUCUGAGGACCAAAAUGUUUAGAAUUUAGAAUUCUUUUUCUUCUCAUUAGUGGAAGACCUUAUUUUAUAAAAAGGCAGUUUAAUACUUUUGCUCCUAAUAUCCUAUACAUUGAUUUGUAAAUUUGUAUAGAUUCAUAUAGGGUUUUUUGUUUCUUUUUUUUAUAUAUAUAUAUUUAAGAGAUAAUUAUUUUUUAGUCUGAUUUCUAGGUUCUGGAUAUAUUUUGGUAUUUCUCAAGGGGAAUGCAUUAUGUUAAGCAUAAAACCUGUUGCAAA